UCUCUCUCUCUCUCUCUCUCUCCCAGUUUCUCAGUUCAAAAAUUUCAAGCGGUUCUCUCCUCUCUCCCUCAUUUACAGCAACACAGAGCGAGAGGGAGAGUUGCUUCAGAGAGUCUCAGAGAGGGUUCGUUAAGUUCCGUUAAUCACUGUUGUUUUUACUCUGAAUGAGAAGAAGCAAGCUAUGGUGUCAGACCAAGAGAUAGCCAGGGGAGUGGAGACGCUGCUCCGGCAGUCGGACCCCACGUCCGUCACCACCCUCAAUGGCGUCGUUCGCCAGCUCGAGGCCAAGAUGGGCCUCGACCUCUCCCACAAGGCCCCCCUCAUCCGCGACCUCCUCCUCCGCAGUGACCAUUUCGCCCUCCAGCACUUCCCGCAAACCCAAAUGCAGCAGCAGCCCCAACACUUCUCUCCCCACUUCGUCCUCAACACCCAGCAGCAGCAGCAGCAGCAUCACCACCACCACCAUGACCUCAACUUCCGCCAGCCCCAUCCCCAUCUCCAGCCGCAGCCCCCGCCCCCUCCAAAGCCGGCGACUGCUCCAGAAUUACCCAAAGAAAGUGCUCCACCGGCAACCAAAAAAAGAGGUGGUACUGGAGGUCUGAACAAAGUCUGUGGGGUCUCACCUGAACUUCAGGCCAUUGUUGGCCAACCGGCCUUGCCGAGGACUGAGAUUGUGAAGCAGCUAUGGGCUUACAUAAAAAAGAACAACCUCCAAGACCCGAAUAACAAGAGGAAGAUUAUCUGCGAUAAUGCCCUUCAAUUGGUGUUCGAGACUGACUGCACUGACAUGUUCAAGAUGAACAAGCUGCUAGCUAAACAUAUCAUUCCAUGCCAAUCUACAAAGGAAUCCAGUCAAGCAAAACGAAUGAAGAUCAAUGUCGAUUCCAGCAGCGAUAGCACUGAACCAGGUUCAAGACACGUUAUUAUCUCAGAAGCACUGGGGAAAUUCCUGGGAACUGGAGAACGGGAGAUGCAACAUUCAGAAGCACACAGACGCGUUUGGGAGUACAUAAAGAUUAAUCACCUUGAGGAUCCUGCAAGUCCCAUGGCCGUCAACUGUGAUGAAAAGCUUCGGGAGCUUCUUGGAUGCGAGAGCAUUUCUGCCUUGGGGGUGCCUCAGAUGUUAGACCGUCAUCAUUUAUUGAAGAAAUCAUGAUGACUUGUGAUCUUAACUGGUAAAGGUGUUGGGGACCUUUUGCAGCCCUGUAGCUGGUGACUGUAGAAAUAGGUGGCAAAGAACCACCCCUUAACUCAGUCUUUUGUGUUAAUUUAACGCGGUAGGUUAUGUAAUGUUAAUUGUCAACUCCCCGUGUCUCCAAGGCUUGACUAAUGACGGCAGAUUGAUGUUGUAGUUAUGGGACUGCCCUUUCAGUUUAGGCUUUACAAAUGCUCAUGCUCAUUUUGUCGUUAAUUUAGUUAGUUGUCUUCUCAGUGCCCAUAUCUUCAUGAUAUGAAAUUAUCAGUAAAUUAUCAUCCUCGUGGACUCUCAUUCGAAGAUUUGUACUCUGCAUGUUUCUCUCAUUAUAACAGUACCUUUAAGAAUAUCUUGGGGGCGUUUUAUCU